UCAAGACUGUGCAGGGAUCAGUCUGUCAGCCUCUGUUAUCCCCCUGGGUGCCUCCAUCACAGCUUCUUGUACCAUCAAUCCUAACUGCACCCUGACUGAGAAAGCCAUAAGGAUUGUGUGGAGGCUAGACUUGGAGCAGCUGCCUGAGGGUUGGCAACAUCAAAGAGAAGAUGGAACUCUGGAGUCCAACAUUACACUUCCCCACCUUAAUCUCACCCAUGCUGUGCUCUCCUGUUGCCUGCUCUUGCCAGGGACUCUUCAGGUCAUAGAACAGGCAGAGCUGCAGGCUGGCUAUCCCCCUCAGCCACCCAACAACUUCUCCUGCAUCAUGAACCUUACAGCCCAGGUCCUCACCUGUCAGUGGAAGUCUGGUCCCAGCACGCACCUGACCACCAUCUUUACUGUGAAGAGCUACAAGAGCAAGGGUAACUGCCAGUCUCUAGAAGAGCCCAUUCCAGACUGCAUCCCCAGAGCUGGUGAGGAGAACCAGUGCUCCAUCCCCCGAAGCCAGUUUCACAUGUACCAGAAGAUAGAAAUCUGGGUGAAAGCAGAGAACAUGCUGGGGGAGGCUGAGUCUCCACACUUGUGCAUCAACCCCAUGGAAGUGGUAAAACUAGAACCCCCAAUACUUCAGGCUGCUAAAGCCAUGCUAGACCCAGGCUCCUCCUUACCCCAGCCUGGAUGCCUCCAAUUACAAUGGAAGAAAGCUAGGCAGAACAAGCACCUGGAACAGACCUGUGAUCUUCGGUACCAGCAUCCUGGGGAGCUGAACUGGGUCCUGAUGUCACCCUUCUUGAGCUUCAGUCCCCAAAAUGAGGGAGAACAUAGUCUCUGUGGCCUCCACUUUGGCACACGCUAUGUCCUACAAAUGCGCUGUAUCCGCUGGCCUAUGAGUGGCCACUGGAGUGACUGGAGCCCAAGCCUGGAGCUCACUACCAGGGAAUGGCCUCCUUCAGUCAGACUGGAUGUGUGGUGGAGGCGACGAGUACAGAAACUGGACACUACGAUGAGGGACAUCCAACUUCUCUGGAAGCCAGUGCCCACAAAGGAAAUCAGCAGUCGGAUCCAGGGCUAUCUUGUCUUCCCAAUUUCUCGAAGAGAAGAUGGGGUAUCCCCACCCCUCUGCAACACCACAGAGCUGAGUUGUGUCUUCCAGUUGCCAGAAACCGCUCAGGAGGUGGUCCUCACAGCUUAUAACACAGCUGGAGAAUCUCCUCCAACCACUGUCAUCUUUUGGGAAUGUGAAGGUUCCUCUGUAUCCAGUAUCCACACCUCUGCCCCAGAUGCUCAAAGCCUCUGGGUAGCAUGGGAACAUCCCCCAGGCCAGACCCUCCCCAGGGCCUAUGUGAUAGAAUGGUGCCUAGCUCCAGUCCAACCAGAGGUUGACUGUGAUGGUAACUGGAAGAUUGAGUCCAAUGGUAGCAGCACUGGGACCCUGCUGGAUGAGAACAUCAUGCCCUUCCAGCUAUACAAGAUCGCUGUGUCCUCCCUGUACCAUGACACUGCGGGGUGCCCCCAGUACAUCUAUGCUUACUCCCAAGAAAAGGGCCCAUCCCAUGCCCCUAAACUAAAGCUGAUGCAAAUUGGAAGAACCUGGGCUGAGCUGGAAUGGGAGCCUGGAGCUCCAGAGCUGGGGAAGAGUCCUAUCACCCAAUACACUGUCUUUUGGACCAACACGCAAGAUGAGAAAUCCAUCACCAUUCCAAAUGCCUCUUCUCGAAGCUACAUUCUCCAUGGCCUAGCACCCACCAGAAUGUACCAUGUGCACCUCAUGGCUUCCAAUCAAGCUGGAAGCAUCAACAGCACAGACCUCACACUGAUGACCACAGCCUUUGAUGAGAAAGAUACCACUGUUCUCUGGAUCCUGAUCAUCAUCUUCUCUGUGAUGAUAUUCUGCAUUAUUACCCUUGUCUGCCUCUAUAAGAAUCACAAGAUGAAGAAUCAAUUCUGGCCAAAUGUCCCAGACCCAGCCCACAGCAGCCUGGGCCAGUGGGUCCCCACAAUCUUUCCUGGGGAGAUCAUUCAUCUCUCAAGCCUGAGGGACCCUGGCAUGCCCCCUGUCUCCAAGAUCAUAGUCCUGAAAGAAGAAGAGAAGAAGCCACCACCACAAACAAUAGGGUCAGAUGAAGAGACUAAGAAUCUCCCCCACCUGGUCCAAGCUUAUAUUCUCCAAGGGGAUCCCUUCCUGCCAGAGCCCCAUCCCAACUCCAAUGACCCCAUCCAGUAUGGAAAGGUGAUGGGAAACCAAGGGUACCAGAGCCAGCAUGAAUCCCCUGCCGGGCUCUACCUACGCUCAGAUUCUACACAGCCCCUCCUGGCUGACCUCACCCCAAGCCCCAAAGUCUAUGAGAACAUGUGGUUCCAGAGAAGUCCUCUUGCAUCCAGGGUUCCUAGUUCUCAAGGCUUCCCAGAAGAGGACAGUGAUGACUCUGCCUUCCUUCCCCGCUGCCCACAGGGACCACUCCUUGAUUUUCCUCUCCUGCAAGGACUGAGGAUUGAAGGAGCUGAAGGACUAGGCAGCCUCUACAAUCCUUUAUAGAAUCCCACUUCAACCUCUUUCCAUGCUGUGAGAUACCUUCCUACACCUGGACCUAGAUAUAGAGUCCUGUGGGAGGAAGAACCCUGAGUUUCCUAUUGUUCUCAUGAGCAGGUAGAUGACUUUGUCUAUCCUAGUGUAGAAGACAGCUCAGGACUUCCCCAGCUAAGUUACAGUGACAGUCUUUUCUGUGAAGUGGGGGAACUAGGGAGGAAUCGAUAAAAGAGUCUAGACCCCACACAUCCCCAAGAAGACUUCCCCCUCCUCUAGUCACCUCCCCCUAUCCAGAAAGAUGUUCCUACCUAGGGUAGCAUGACUCCACUUCUCUGUCAGUUUCUACACCUGCAUCAUUUCUGCUCUGUGGGCCCAUGUCCGGACAAGGAAAGUUCCUAAAAUCAAAGGAUCCUACCCUUACCCCUUUUUGUACCUGCCAUAUAGGCUUCCAAACGGACAACAUUUUAAAAACUGAUUCUU